CGUUUAUAUGACGUUUGAGAAAGUAACAAACAACAAGCUAACUGGGGGCGGUAGCCGCUUUUUUGCGUUGCCACAUCAUUCGCUAUAAUUAUGGCUCUCCACCUGCUGUCAAGAUCCCUUACCGGGCUCCUUGCAGAGUCAUCUUCAAUGAUUCAGCCAAGGACUUUUAGUGUGUCUGCUGUUGCAGCAGCCAUUCAGAAAAUGACAAGAGUGCGCGUUGUGGACAACAGCUCCCUUGGAAAUACACCAUGGCACCGCCCCCCGAGAGUUAUCCAUGUCUACACCAAGAACGGCGUAGGGAAAGUUGGUGACAGAGUGUUGCUUGCCAUCAAAGGACAGAAGAAGAAAGCACUAAUCGUUGGACACAAAAUGCCUGGAGAACGCAUGAGUCCACGCUUUGAUUCAAACAAUGUUGUUCUGAUUGAGGACAAUGGAAAUCCUACAGGAACAAGGAUUAAGGUCCCUUUACCCACACAUCUACGUAAAGUGGACGGAGAUUACUCGAAAGUCCUGGCAAUUGCUAAUUCAUUUGUGUAAUAACACAAUUCUGUGCUGUGAUUUGAUAUAUACUGUAUAUUUCACAUCUGCUUGGGGUUUAUGAACAUUUUACGAUUGUAUGUUUUCAAUAAAGGGAGCAUACACCCAGCCACAAUUGUCUCUACAGUAUUCUGUUGUCAAUGUAUGUAACGAGCUCGAGCCUUUGUCGACAUGCUUGGCAUUUCACGGAGGCCUCUCUGUGCUUACAAUAAAUAUAACCUUUAGCUUAAAAGGCAUAGCAUAUCAGCUUCUGGGGAAGUUUGAGCAGCCAAAUGUGGGUCAAACUCAUGUUAUGAAUACAAUGAACAAACUGGGAAAGUAUGAACCGUCAGGGUAAUAUUUUAUUGAAGGCACAACAUACAUUUACGACACAAAACGCAUAACGAGCAUACUUUUAAUCGCUGUUUAUAAAAUCAUAGUGUGAUUUAUAAGGCAUUAAGUAUCAUGUGAUCCCUGUAAAUGUUACUUGAGUGGACUGAAAUAUAGUACUUCUCACAAAUGUGAGGCAACUUCAGUAGCAUCUUCCUAAAACUAAAUCCUCAGUGCAAAAUAAAAACAAGUAAAGCUAAACAAAGUUCAGAUGCUAAAUUUCAACUUCAACUAAAGAAAAAUAGUUGUGUAAUAUAUUAACAGGCUAAACUUUACAUUAGAUCUGUACUGCCAUCUACAGGUAAAAUCAUGGAACUACCAACUCAACACUGAGGUGUUCAAUCUUAUUAAUCGUUCUGCUCUAAAAUUAGGACAAAGUGGAAACAUGAGUGCAGAGAAACUAUAAAACAUCACAUUGUAAAGCAUCAUUACAGUAACAGGCUUCUUCAGAUUUCUUCUAUGUGUUCCUUGGCAGAACAGCUUUUAGUGAGUUUGAAAUAAUGAGAACAGUGAAAUUGUUAGUGAAUCAAAUUGCAACAAGGCACA